AUGAUCGAUACCUUGUUUAAGCCAGUUGGAGAUGACGACCAUGGCCUCAUUAAGGAUUCAGUAGUUGACUUUCUGAAAUAUAACAAUGAUCAGAAGCCGGAACAAAUUAUCAUUUUCAGGGAUGGUGUUAGCGAGAGCCAAUUCAAUCAGGUGCUGAACGAUGAGCUAUCUCAAAUCAUGGAGACAUGCAAGUUUUUUGGUGGCAAGCACUUUAGUGGCAACUGGUUCCCCAAGUUCACAGUGAUGGUUACACAGAAGAAUCAUCACACGAGAUUUUUCCUACGGAAUGGACAGAGACCUGAUCAAGUGACUAAUGUCCCCCCUGGGGACUACAAGGCCAACACACGACCAUGUGCUCCAAGAUGA